GUCACUAUUGACCUACUUGCACUGGUCACAUUCGUGCCAUGUCGAAUGCCCAGAAAAUGGAUGUGGAUGGCUUGAUGAAGAACGAGGACUUCAGCCCUCAGUUGUUAAAGAUCUACUAUGAGAAGUUCUUCCCAUUCUUGCAGAUGUUCAGAUGGCUCAGCUAUCGCAAUGAUCCCAAGAGUUCCAGUCCUGGAACGCAGAAGGAUUUCUUUCAGCGACGGGAAUUCACCUUUGUCCUUCAGGGUGACAUCUUUUGCCGUUAUCAGUGCUUCAAAGACAUGGAAGAAUACCGUGCAAAGGUCUUAGAGAGGCAGCCGAUCAGGAUGGAGAUUGGAGCUGUUUUCUCUCAUGCCCCUUCCAAGCACCAUGUGCUGCCAAAGGAUGUCUACAAACCUUUGGAGCGUGAGCUGGUCUUCGAUAUCGACAUGGAUGACUACGAUGAUAUCCGAACCUGCUGCACAGGCUCCAAGCUGUGUUUGAAGUGCUGGACCUUCAUGAAGGUGGCAAUUCAGGUCUUAAAGCGCACUUUGGAGGAGGACUUUGGCUUCCAACACAUCCUCUUUGUCUACUCCGGACGUCGUGGUGUCCAUUGCUGGGUCUGUGACUCUGAGGCCCGAAAGCUGAGUAAUGAGCAACGUUCUGCGGUGGCGGAGUAUUUGACGAUGGUCUCUAGUGGUGCAAACAAGUGUCGUGCAGAUCUCAAGAUGAAUGGCUGUGAAGAACUUCACCCAUCAGUGGAUGAGGCCUACAAGAUUUGCAAGAAGUGGUUUGAAGAUCCCAACGGGAUUUUGGCCAAUCAAGACAUCUUGAAGAACGGGAAUCAUUUGACCAACAUCCUGGAGCCUUUCAGUGCUGACGAGAAAGACAAGAUCAAGAAAUUCAUGCAGGAGAACUCUGAUGCCACAUCUUUGCAGAUUUGGAAGAAGCUUCAGGACUUGGUUCGUUUGCGAGAGGUGAACGAGGCGACCUUCAAGCAGCGCAUGGAAAACAAGGUCUUGCUGAAAGAUGUGGCAAUUCAGUACACCUAUCCUCGGCUGGAUGUGAAUGUGAGCAAACAAAUGAACCAUCUCUUGAAGUCACCUUUUGUAGUUCAUCCCAAGACUGGGCGAGUUUGCGUGCCAAUUGACCCAGAGAAUGUGAACGACUUCGACCCGGCCAAGGUUCCUACGAUCGGCCAACUGGUGGAGGAAAUGCGCGAUGCCAAUGCACAACACACAUCCUUAAAGCCAUAUCUACACUACUUUGAGACCAAGUUUCUGCAAGAACUGGAGAAAACUGCAACAGAAGAGCUUCGUCAGAGGAGUGGAGUAAGUCCAGGAGUCUUGAUGGACUUCUGAGGAGAGGAAGGUCCUUGCAGUCGCUCUGGGCAGGUCAGUUCGAAGGAUUUGAGGGGAUUCAGUGCAAUCACUUGGCACUGGUUUCUGCGGGUAUCACUGAGCUGGGGAGGCUUAGUGCAUGGAGACAUUGGGACAAAACCUAUGUCCCAGACGUCCUGCGAACAGAUUAAACGGCCAGCUGCUCCCAAAAAGGC